ACGCUUCUCCGGACAUUUAUAGUAGACGGACGUACACGCCGCGCGUUAAAAAUCGAAUUUAUCUGGAUUAUAAGGCAUACACUUGGAUAUUUUGGUGACAUACUUCGUCCUGCAAUACUGCUAAAAGAUUUAAGGAGCUUGGGAUUACUCUCAGGUCCGUGAUUGCAGCCCACUGUCCUCUGGCACCAACUGUUCUCCAGCCAAACCCUCUGCUCCUGCUGUAAACCUCAAAGCUUCUGUGGACAGACUACGUGACACCAGGACACAGGAAAAGACCAAUAUAAAGGGUUAAAGAAUGGCCUUCUAAAGGAAGUUGUUUAUUUUUGUGAAUCUUCAGAGGGAUUGUUCCACUUUAAAAGCAUGGGGAACCAGUUAACAGAAAUUGCCCCCAACACCCCAUUCCUCCCUAACUUUCAGUCGUUACACAUCGUGGUGAUUGGUUUGGACUCUGCAGGAAAAACAUCUCUCCUCUACAGACUCAAGCUGCAGGAGUUUGUUGAGACCAUCCCCACCAAAGGUUUCAACAUGGAGCGGAUUAAAGUGACCAUGGGAAAUUCCAAAACCAACACCACCAUGCUCCAGGUUUGGGAUGUAGGCGGUCAGGAAAAACUAAGGCCCCUCUGGAAGUCAUACACCAGGAGGACAGAUGGGUUAGUUUUUGUGGUGGAUGCAGCAGAAUCUGAACGCAUGGAGGAGGCUAAGGUGGAGUUAAACCGGAUCACCCGAUCUGCAGAGAACCAGGGAGUACCUGUGCUGGUGCUGGCAAACAAGCAGGACCUUGUAGGAGCGAUGUCAGCCUCAGAGGUUGAGAAGGUGCUUGGUCUCCAUGAACUGAGCUCAUCCACGCUCCACCACACGCAGGGCUGCUCAGCACUAGACGGUCAGGGCCUUCAACCCGGCCUGGAGAAACUUUACGAGAUGAUCCUGAAGAGAAAGAAGAUGCUCCGACACAGCAAGAAGAAGAGAUGAGAGGGUCACAGAGGUGCUGGGACCAGAUGUGACUGAACCCAUACUUGUCUGAGGAUCUUCUCAGCAGCCAUGUCUCGGACACUUUAGAACUUCGAUAGGUGAAACCAGAGGGACAGUAGCCGAUUUGGGAUGUCACCUAUAUAGUUCAAACAUGGCAUGGUGUUUGAGCAAAAUGUUAACACCUUCCUUCACCCUGUAGUCACUAGAUGUGCUUCCUUUGGAGGCUAGCGGACACUCUACGCUCCCCUCAUCUCCCAUCCUGAAAGGAUAACAGCUGAGAGAUGUACAGCUCCAGAGAGCACAACAGAGCAAAUUUGUGCAAUAUACCAUGAACACUCGCUGAUGCACUCACUCCAAUAUUGAAGGAUUUUUAUUUUUCUAGGACUGCUUGAGCAGACUGUAGUGCCAACAGGCUUGGCAUAAGCACAGUUCCUGUUCCAUUCACUUAAGUUUAAAUGUUACAUUUUUCUCUAAAUCUUUAUGUUGCAUGAUGUUCACCCAGUUGUUUGCCUGGGAAAAUUAAGACAACACUUUUGGUGACCAAAAGAGGAGUAUUUGAUUGUGGUGGGUCUGGAAAAGCCCAGGAGUCAAUUAGGAAUGCACCACUGUGACUUCACAAAGCAACGCGACAAACUACACGGAGUUCAGCCAUUAAAGUUUUGACUGUUUUUCAUUCUUUACCAAAGUUUUUGCUUGUGUCCAUUUGGUGUACUUCAGCAUUUGCUGAAUGGUUGCUUGGUUGGCUGUUAGUUCAAGAAAGCAUUUUAUCUUGUGUAGAUUUUGUUUUGUAAAUGUCAAGAGAUGAAUAAAUUAUUGAGAAAGA